AUGGAGGUGGAGGCGCCGUGCAGUGGCGGCGCAGGUGAGAGCAGGUGGUCGCAGCUUGGAUCGUCGCUCGCAGUCCGCAACGUGCAGGCCUUAGCGGCGUCCGGCCCCGACGAGCUCAGCGCCGAGGCGAUUCAACGGUACAUCCAGCCGGACAUCGAUGCGCACGCCGUUCUCGCCGAGCAUUCCGGCCAGGUUCCGGUGAUCGAUCUACGCAAGCUCCUGGACGCCGAGACCCUGGAAGCGGAGGCCGCCAAGCUUAAGUUUGCGUGCGAGGAGUGGGGCUUCUUUCAGGUCGUGAAUCAUGGAGUGCCAGACGAGGUCAUCGCCAAUAUAAAGAACAACAUUCACAGGUUCUUCGAGCUUCCCCUGGACGUGAAGAACGCCUACGCGCAGCGCCCAGGAGAUAUCCAAGGCUAUGGCCAAGCCUUUAUCCUCUCCCACGAUCAGAAGCUUGACUGGGCUGACAUGUUUGGGAUCUUCACCCAGCCAUCUCAGGCCCGUGAUAUGAGUUACUGGCCGAGUCAGCCUGGCACAUUCAGGAAUUCCAUCGAAGAAUACUCUUCCCAAUUAAUGAAACUAUCUCAUUCUAUUGUCACAUUCAUUGCCAAAACACUAGAUUUUGGUCCUGAAUUGAUGGCGGACAAAAAUGUUGGCCAAUUUCUAAGGAUGAACUACUACCCUCCAUGCACGUCAACACCAGAAAAGGUUUUAGGUUUCUCACCACAUUCAGAUGGAUCUUUUAUAACUAUACUACUAGAAGUUAAUUCGGUUCAAGGGCUACAAAUUAGAAGACAGGGAGCAUGGGUCCCAGUGAAACCACAUCGUGAUGCGUUAUUGGUGAAUGUCGGUGACUUUCUUGAGAUUAUGUCGAAUGGGAGGUACAAGAGCAUUGAGCAUAGGGUCACUAUAAAUGCCAAUAAGGAGAGGCUAUCCAUAUCAGCAUUUCACGUCCCAAAGUAUGAUGGGAUAGUUUCACCGGUUCCGGGAAGUAUACAAGAGGAGGUGUUAUACAAGACAAUGACAGUAGAAGAGUAUGCAAGACUUUAUAUGUCAAAUAAACCUGAUGGAAAGAGCAACCUGGAUUAUGCAAAGUUGUCUUUAAUAUAA